AUGGCUCCUACUAACAUAUGUGCAUCUACACCUCAAAGAUUAUGUAAAACAAGAUAUAACACUACAGCUCCCAUGUACGGAGUUUCUCUUACUUCAGGCCAGCCCGUAACAAUUGUCCAGAAGUUUCCUGAUCUAUUACAACAAGUAGUUUUUGAAAGUAGUAUUGGAAGUGAAUUCUCUGAUUUUAAUUCAGAUGACGAUCUCAAUGAUAAAGAUUACAGUGUUACUGAAAGUGACUGUUCAACAGAAGGAGUUACACAUUAUAUUGGUAAGUUUAUUAUAAGACCUUGGUGUAAUGCCGAACUUAUUGUCCCAGUGAAAGAAAAUUAUUACAGAAGAGUUUUUCGCUCGCAAUAUAAUAUAGGAUAUAAACUGCCAAAAACGGAUAAAUGCCAAACAUGCGAAUCAUACAAUGUCUCGCUCAAAUCAAAUAAAGAAAAUGCUGAAGAAUGUCAACAAAUCAAGUGUUAUGAUAACACCACCAAAGUAUGUGAAAGUUCAGAAUGCGAUGUAGUUCGAGGAGAAUGUACCCAAACAUAUGUUCCUUACCUUUUCUUAGUUAUUCCACUAGGACCAGUAACAUUAACAGGUCAGGAUUACGUAUUAGUGGAAAGUGGCUGUGUAUGUAGACCGAAAUAUGCUGGACAACAUUCAGAAACCAAUGCUCCCAUCAUUCCAAGGAUAUAA